GCUUGCGUGGGUGUUUCAGCUGCGUGGGUUAGUUUUGCCUUUGUAUGUUUUGAUGAAUGCAAAGCAAGCAGCGACAAUGUUUUUACAUUAUGACACACACACACACAUGUAUACACACACGCACGAAGGGGGGAUGCCGGGCGCAGGAGCUGUUGGUACACAAAAACACGCCUACGUAACGUGCUGGGUUUAUUUAUAAUAAUUUCACUUUGACUUGUAUAUAUUGCACACACUUUUAGAGCUUUUUUCGCUAUUUGCGUUUUGCAUUUGUUCGUUUUAGUGUUUAACCUUUACUUUACACUUUGUUUGCUUGCACUUUGCUUUGCAGCCAAUUUCGAAAAUGUUUUGGCGAAUUUUAAACUUAUUAUUCACAUACGCAAAUCUGAGCUGUUGACAAUAGUGCUGGGUCGUUCGCGAACGAACUCAGACAGUCAAUUGAACAACGUUUACACAACUCUAGCGCUAACGCAAUCGUGAACUUAUCGUCGAGCUGUUAUCGCGGCGUACGACUAUCGAGCACGUAGCUGUGCGAAGAGAGCGACAUGCCUAACAUUGUUGCCAUCUCUCACGGACUUGUACUUGUUUGUAAACGAAACAUAUACAAAAAUUUUCACAAUGUUUCAAACAACAGUAUUUAAUUAGAAAGUGGCAAAAGAAAUUUAAAAAAUUUAUUAAUAAUGAUAAUAACGAGUAUUUAAAUGAGAUUACUUGCAGUAAGACUGAGAAACAGAGUGAAGUGCAAACAAAGACAAUCACACAGACACACACCGAGACCAGACCAUGAGUAACUAUAGGUAUGGUGGGGGAGGCGGUGGCGGCGGCUACUAUGGCAUCGAAGUACGCGACAUGCACAUGCAUCAACGCAUGUCCUAUCCACAUCGCUUCACGUUCGUCAGCUCCUGUGUCAAGUACAUGAUAUUUUUGUUAAAUUUCAUUUUCUGGCUCUUUGGCGGCCUCUUGCUGGGCAUAGGCGUAUACGCCUUUAUGGACAAAUGGGAGGAGGCCAACGGCUGGGUGCGGCUAGAGACUAUUUACGAUGUGGUGUUGAAUAUAUCGCUGGUCAUGAUCAUAGCCGGCAUUGUUAUAUUCGUAGUCAGCUUUGCUGGCUGCUUGGGUGCACUGCGUGAGAACACUUACCUGCUAAAGUUCUACUCCAUGUGCCUGCUAAUCUUCUUCCUCAUGGAAAUGGCCAUUGCCAUUAUUUGCUUUGUCUUCCCACAACACAUGAACUCUUUCCUCGAGGACCAGUUUACUGAUAAGAUUAUACACUCGUAUCGCGAUGAUCCUGAUCUGCAGAACUUUAUUGACUUUGCACAGCAGGAAUUCAAGUGCUGUGGCCUGAGUAAUGCUGGCUAUCAGGAUUGGAGCAAGAAUGAGUACUUCAACUGCUCAUCGCCGUCUGUAGAGGGAUGCGGUGUGCCCUACAGCUGCUGCAUCAAUGCCACCGACAUCAGUUCCAGGCUGGUGAACAUUAUGUGUGGCUAUGGCGUGCAGGUGCAUUCAGUGGCAGCUGCCAGCAAAUUGAUUUGGACCAGCGGAUGCAUUGAGAAUGUGCGCGUUUGGGCCGAGCGUAAUCUUUAUGGCAUCGCUGGCUUUGCUCUGGGCAUAGCCCUUGUUCAACUGUUGGUUAUUUACUUGGCCAAAACACUCGAGGGACAAAUUGACUUACAAAAGUCACGCUGGGCAACCUGAGUUGCAUUUAUAACGACAAAAUGUUUCGCAUACUCAAAUAUUUAGCUUAAGCAUAGUAUUAACUUGCAUGAUUGAUAAGGAACCGCAUUUGUAAUACAGUUUUAUACUUAAAAAAAAAAACAAAACAAAACAGUCAAAAAUAUUGAUU